AGGAUAUUGGGAGAUGCAAACUUACUACCAUCUAAUGAAUUUGAAAACUUACCUCAACAAUCUCUUUCGUCCAACCAUUCGUUCAUCGAAAUUGAAUUCAUCUGCAACUUAUUACCUGAUUGCCUCUAAGCUGCCACCUUUCCAAGACGCAGCUAACACCAGAGUCGUGCCACUGCCGACAGCUUGAGAUCCCUGCAUCUAGAAACUCAAGGCAGGUAAAUGGCCGAUGCAGUCAUCACCACCACUGUAACCGACACCAGCCAGUUGCUGUCAGACGGAGCGUGCCAUUUGCCUUCCCGGGCACUUUCCCAUGCGGGCGGCUGCAGAUGCAGCAUUUCCAGGUUCGCUGGCUCAUCACAGCGCCCGGCCAACACCUGUAUAACAAGGGCCCAGAAUCGAUAAACCCGGCAAGACAACCCUGCGGCGGGCGACUGGUGCACUAUUACAGCGAAGGGUGGCAGCAAGAAACAGC